AUGGGCAUAUCUUCUUCCAAGUCAAGCACAAUUACCAUACGACAGAGUACUACCGAAGCUGCACCUCCAGCUGCUGAACAAGCUACCGGAGAAGGAGAAGAUCAAUCCGCCACGGUCAUUGUUCUGGGUCCGCGAUGGGUGCGGGACAGGAACACCGGACAACAAUAUGUCGAGAAGAAUCGACGUAGGAUUGAUAUGCUCGAACGACGAGGUGAAGUAACGCAUGUUCUCCGUGAGCAGGGCAAGCGAUUCUUUACCAGGCAUAAGGACAGGACUAUGCAGAUGGAUCCCAAAAGAGCAUCAUCAGUCGAUGAGGCUGUUGUAGUCCAAAUCCCAGCUGAGGUACCUGCAGUCCAGGAGGUUGCUCCAGUCGCUGUCGCUGCCUGA